AUGCCUGCUUUCUACAGUCUGGUAUUUGUGGCAAUCAUUAUUGUUCUCACUUCGUUUCAUCCUUUAUUGUCCUUGCCUUUUCCAGGCAAUGAACCGGAAGAGAUAUCUUUCCCGCUUCCAGAGAAAAGAAUCUCUUCUGAUCUUGAAUUUGGAAAAAGCUUUCAGUAUCCAACCAGAUGGGGAACUCAGCAACCAUCUUUUUUCAUACAACAAAUAGUUGUAUGGUCCUCUGUCAAUCCAUGGACGUCUGAUUUGGGCAUGAUGGAUGCUUUUCGAGGCCCAUUGAGUGAAGUCUUCAAGCUGCAUUCUGAUAUAGUGGGCUUUCAUUCACCUAGGAGUAACCUGACCCUUAGAGAUGUUUGCCUUCACGUGGAGAAAUCCACAUCAUCUCGACGCACCAUCGUUCACAUUUACUAUCCCGAACGUUUCAAUUAUUUGGAGCUCAUCCCGCUGACUUUUGUCUACUUAAUCCUGUUCCUGUACAUUUACUUCUCUGUUCGCAAGAUCGAAAUGGUCAAAUCCAAGUUUGGCAUGGCUUUCAGCGCCAGCGUGACAGUGGUAGCAUCGCUGGGCAUGUCAGUCGGCCUGUGCACGUGCACGUGGUUCGGAUUGCGCUUCACUCUUCAGGGACGAGACAUUUUCCCUUAUUUGGUGGUGAUCGUUGGUCUGGAGAACAUCUUAGUUUUGACUCGCUCUGUCGUUUCUACUCCAGCCAAUUUGGACGUCAAGAUCCGUGUAGCACAGGGACUUAGUGAUGAAGGAUGGAACAUAACCAAAAAUUUGUUAACAGAAGUGACUAUUUUGACGGUGGGCUUCUUCACCUUCGUGCCGGCCAUUCAAGAAUUUUGCCUCUUCGCCGUCGUCGCCCUUCUCUCCGAUUUCGUUCUGCAAAUGCUGUUCUUCUCCACCGUCCUGUCCAUCGACAUAUUGCGCAAAGAGUUGUCGGAAAUUCAACGCCAACGACGGCAGCUUCAACCUGGUCAGCAGUACCUGUCGACCAACCACACCGUCCAUACUCUCAGUUCAGCAGAAAGGGCAUUUGCGGGAAAUGCUGUCCAUCCCCACUUGCGCACCCGAGUCCACUCAGCAGCUGUUUUAGCCAAAAAUACCCCAACGGCCGUCGUAGCACCUUCCUCCUACACGCACAAUCGAUCAGCUGCGGCCAGAGUACCACGUCGGAUAAGGAUCGUUCACUUUUGGGCUCGCACGCGUUUGUUUCAGCGUACCUUUAUGGUGGGUGUGGUCAUAUGGAUGAGCAUUUCCUUUUACAAAUACGUAGUGAUGGAAAAUUUGGCUGAUCAAUCGGCCGGAUGGUCUGUUGAAGCCAACGAUUCUUCACAGGUUGAAUUUCCAGCACCACAUCCUAAUCUCAAAGUUUCGUGUUCUGCCGGAUCCAACUGUAUUGAACCAGAAGAACCAGAUCUUUUGAAAGAAUCCACGAUUCUAGCCAAUUCGGCCCCACCAGAAAUAUCAGUUACGUCAUCCAGCGGCAAAGAAGUAAUCGAUUGGCAGAAUCGGUUACAAAAUCCCAAAAACGUCGAGCUCUGGAGGAGGCUCUCUUAUCGCCACUGGCCCGACCUGCUGGACAUUUACAAUAUCUCGUUGGCCGGAAAGUGCAUAGCCAUGUUGCCUCCGAUUCGAAUCUCUAUCCCAGUCAACCCAGAACGAGUGUCGGAAGUGCGCAACAGUCGCGAUGGCGAGUACCUGACGCGAUCGCGAUGGAAAUCUCUGGCAUCAGCUCUCGAUACGCUUGAUGUUCUUGACGGUGACGAUAGUGAUUUCGGCCUGUCCGGAAGCACCGGUGACGGAAGUAUUGGCGGCGGAUCAGGCGGAAACGGCGGCUCUGAUGAAGACAACAAGACCCCCUACGUUCCUUCGUCGCCCAUUCAAAUUAUUUUAACCACUUUAUUAGCCAUACCGAGCGUGGUGUUUAUCGCCUACGUGACUGUCGUGUUAUAUCAAGCUGCCUUUAAUUCUUUUGCUGAAACUGCCGUGAACUUUCUGUAA